GCUCACAGAAACCGAAACUUGAAGCCUAUUUCGAAACCUCGUUUCUGGUUCCAUCUCGAUCGAAGUCCAAAAUUGAAAACGGAAAAAAAAUCGCAGGAAAUAAACCCCGAUCGAUCCUUUUCUCUUCUCUCGGAGAAGAGAGAGAAAAAUGGUGAUACGCUUCUUGGUAUCGGGGGCGCUCGUGCUCCUCCCCCUCCUCUUCUUCCACUGGAUCUAUUCUCACCAAACCCUGCUUGUCUCCGCCCAAGCAAGCCGAUCUGAUGAAGCUUCAACUUUAUUCAAAAGAGCCUCUGAACAGAUAAAGUUGAAGAAGUAUGAUGAAGCAUUGGAACUUCUUAAUUCUGUAUUAGAAGCAGAUCCAAAUCUUUCAGAAGCCUACUUGCAGAGAGCAUCUGUUCUCCGUAAUAAAUGCAGAUUCGAGGAAUCUGAGAGAGACUACAAAAAUUAUUUGGAGUUAAAGCCAGGGACUUCUUCUGUGGAGAAGGAAGUCUCUCAGUUAUUGCAGGCGCAAAAUGCACUGGACUCUGCUUAUAAUUAUUUUGAUUCUGGUGACUUUUCAAAAGUUCUGGAAUACAUUGACAAAGUGGUCCUUGUCUUUUCUCCCAGUUGCUUAAAGGCAAAGCUUCUUAAGGCGAAAGCAUUAUUGGCACUGAAAGAUUACUCAAGUGUUAUUUCAGAGACUGGAUACAUUCUAAAGCAAGAUGAAGAUAAUUUAGUGGCGCUAUUGCUUCGUGGACGUGCCUACUAUUAUCUCUCUGACCAUGAUGUUGCCUCAAGGCACUUUCAGAAAGGUCUUCGGCUAGAUCCAGAACACACUGAUUUGAAGAAAGCAUAUUUUGGAUUGAAAAAUCUCCUAAAAAAGACGAAGAGUGCAGAAGAUAAUGUUGCAAAGGGUAAGCUCCGUCUAGCUGUUGAGGACUUCAAGGCAGCCCUCGCAUUUGAUCCGAAUCACAGCGCGCAUAAUGUACAUCUUUACCUCGGUUUGUGCAAGGUUUUGGUUAAACUUGGUAGAGGAAAAGAUGCUCUUGACAGUUGUACAGAGGCACUGAACAUUGAUGGAGAACUUGUCGAGGCCUUAGCACAGCGAGGUGAAGCUAAACUUCUCGUGGAAGAUUGGGAGGGAGCUGUAGAAGAUUUGAAAGAAGCUGCCCAAAAAUCUCCGCAGGACAUGAAUAUUCGAGAAGCAUAUAUGAGGGCUGAGAAAGCACUCAAGCUAAGCAAACGCAAGGACUGGUAUAAAAUACUCGGAGUUUCGAAGACUGCUUCAAUUGCGGAGAUCAAGCGCGCAUACAAAAAGCUUGCAUUGCAGUGGCAUCCAGAUAAGAAUGUGGAUAACAGAGAGGAAGCAGAAGCCAAAUUUCGAGAAAUUGCUGCUGCUUAUGAGGUACUCGGUGAUGAAGACAAGCGUGUAAGAUAUGACCGUGGUGAGGAUCUCGAUAACAUGGACACGGGAAUGGGAGGCGGAGGUUUCAACCCUUUUGGUGGCGGCGGACAACCAUUCACCUUUCACUUCGAAGGUGGGUUCCCAGGCGGUGGAUUUCCGGGCGGAGGUUUUCAAUUCAACUUUUGAUGCGCUUAACAUUAUCCGACGGUUUCUUGCUGAGCCAAGAAUUCCUGACCUGGUAAAAUUGGUUGACCUCGUCGGUUAUCGGCUUCUCAAUUACGGGCGAACAUCUGCAAAAUGAGCUUAGGAGAAACAAGAUUAAAGUAUAGCAUUUCUCUGCAACCUUGAGGAAAAGAUUUUUUAUUUUUUUUUUCAAAAUUAUACUUUGCUGUCGCCAAAUAGCUCUCCAAGGAUAGCAUCUGUCUUUAUUUUCCCCUUUCUUCCUUUUUGAGUUUGGAAGAAUCAGGGGACUUUCUAUAACUUAAUGUUACUAUAUGGAGAACAGAGUAAAGUAGCAUAUACUCUCUUCUUUUUUUUUUUUCUGCUGCAAAACAACUGUUGGAACUGUAGCUUCAAUGAUCCAAGUGAUUUUUUUUAUCGAAAUGCAGUGUAAUAAAUUGUGAAAUGGCGGUUUCA